AUGGAUAUUACAGAAAGAUUUAGAUUUUACAAUUUAAAAGUUAUAAGGACAAUAGGAAAAGGUACUUAUGGAAAUGUGUAUUUGUGUACGACCAAAGAAAAAAAAUGUUUGACGAUUGUGAAAGAUAUUGAGUUAAAUGUUAAGGUUCAAAAUCAUAAUAAGGAAAUUGCUAACGAAGUUAAAAUUUUAUCAAAAAUGAAUCAUCCCAAUAUAAUUAAAUUUUAUAAUUGUUAUUAUCCAGAUAAUCAUGUAAUGAUUUGCAUGGAAUACGCAACUAAAGGAAAUUUGGCAGAAUACAUUCAAGUUUUGUUGGGAGUGAAUUACAUACAUAACUUAGAUAUAAUUCACAGAGACCUAAAGGCGGAAAAUAUUCUUUUAACCGGAAAACAUGGUGUCAUAGUUAAAAUUGGAGAUUUUGGUAUAUCCAAAAUGCUAGCUAGUGCAAAGAAAACUUCAACGGUAAUUGGUACACCUUAUUAUCUUGCACCUGAACUUUGUGAGGGUAAACCUUAUGAUACCAAAAGCGACGUUUGGGCACUCGGUUGCUUACUGUAUGAGAUGUGCACUCACAAGCGUGCAUUUGAUUCCGAAAGCCUCGUGGGAUUAGUGAAAGUUAUAACCAGUGGUAGUGUACAUCCGAUUGACAUGACUGUCUACGACAGAGGUGUUCAAGACCUUAUAGACCUAAUGUUAUCUAUCGUACCCGACAAACGACCAACAAUAAAAGAACUGAUGGGGCGCUCUAUUUUGCUGCCGACAGUCUAUACAGUUUUUUUAGAUGCCGGAAAUGAUGAACUGUUAUAUUCUAAAGCUUGUAAAUUGUUUAAACUUAUGUAA